CCGGGCAUGUGGGCUGCGUUCGAGCCUCCUUUGCUUCCGGGAUUGACACGUGGAGAGCCGGCUUGUUUAGAUGCCUUCUAGCGGCAAGCAUCUACUAGGAGAAAUGAAUCCAGCAGAAGCUGACCAGGGGGGUUGCUUGGGGGUGGAAGGCCGGCUUCUUCAGUGCCCCUGCUGCCAGUGGGAUCCAGGCCGCUCUCUCAAUAAAGCACCCCCAGACACUGUAGCCGGCAGGCAGAAUAAAAAAAAGUCCAGAAAGCACCAACGUUGUAUGGUGCGUAGGACGCUGGAACGGAAGGAGCUGCAGGGACCCAGAUUGGGGGAAGAGACCCUGUACAUGGCAUCGAAGCCCUCCAAGGCCUGUAGGAUGCAGGGCCAGGAAGUCAGCGAGUUGACCAAGGAAGAUGUGGAGAAGGACCGUAGAACGUUCUGCCCGAUACCAGUUCCAUCAGCAGGAACAGCCACGCAGCAUCCCUCUUCCCAAGACUUUGGGAACCUGGCACCCUUGCCCUCGCACCCUGGUGCAGGCGCCGAUUCUUUCUCCUAUCAGAAGCCCAAAACUAGGAAGCUGGUGGCUAUAGACUGUGAAAUGGUGGGCACAGGCCCCGGUGGGAAAGUCAACGAGUUGGCUCGGUGUACGGUGGUGAACUACGAUGGGGAUGUCGUCUAUGACAAGUACGUCCGGCCGCAGCUUCCAGUAGUGGAUUAUAGGACUCGGUGGAGCGGGAUCACCCGGCGACACAUGGAGAAGGCCACUCCUUUCAUGAAGGCACGGGCAGAGGUCCUGCAGAUCUUAAGAGACAAAAUCGUGGUGGGACAUGCCGUCCACAAUGACUUCCGGGCCCUGAAAUAUUUCCAUCCCCGAGACUGGACGCGUGACACUAGCCAGAGCCCCCACCUGAGGGAGAAAUGUGGGCUGCUUGUGAAAGCCAAUGUCUCUCUUAAGAGUUUAGCCAAGCAGCUGCUGCACAAAGAGAUUCAGGUGAGCAAAAAGGGACACUCAUCAGUGGAAGAUGCUCAGGCCUCUAUGGAACUGUACAGACUGGUGGAAAUACAGUGGGAAAAGGACAUGACUGCCCGACUCUCCUCCUGUUCUCCGCACAGUCCUCCAGAUAACUGUGCCGAUAAUGACCGCUACAUGGAUGAUCGGUAUUGGCCUGAGGACCUUGACCUAGAUUGCAAAUGACAGCACAGGCUUGCAUUUAAAGAGAGACCUGUUUAAAACCUUUUGCUCUCUGCAGUUGUUUUGGGGCCUUGGGGGACUUGGUCCUCAUAAGUUUGCUACUACUGUAGUAACUUUAUUUGGGGAGGUGGUGCGGAGCCCAGUGGUGAGAUGUUGCACAGAGGCAGUGUGGAACUGCACAUGUUGGAAGGAGACCCUUGGAGUACUUGGGUUGUAAGCUGCUAAUCUCUGCCCUAGAGGCCUAUUUAUAGAUUUAAUGUCUAAUUACAGUGGCAUGUAUGGAAUGAGCUCCCGAUGUGGCCUAACUUAUUGCUGCAGAAGUACACACAGACUCUAUUAGCUUGUGAGUGAGUGAGUGUCAGGCUGGCUAGUUCACAUAGUGUGUUUCUUUGAUGCCCAAUUAGCCCUAACCCUCCCUGAGGAUCCAUUUGUAGGGAGAAAUGCAAUGGCAGACGGAUCAGAGAUGUGCCUAGCAGAGAUUUUUGUGAUCGUAGUGGCAGGGAAAUUACUUCUUCGAUGAUGGGAAUUGCUACCAAGUCUGACCUUUUCUGUGCUUGACUGAUUCACCCAUUAACACUUUGCUUGUAUGUACAGUGCCAGCGAGGGGCUGGGUCUCCUUGUGUGCUCACAUUACAUAUUACAUCAGCCAGUUUGUACAGCUUAUUUGUACACACAGCAGAGGGAGUUGUAAAACUGUGCCUGGACCGCACCACUUUAGGCUGCAAUUGGGGUGAGAGUGGAGUGUCCUUACAUAUAGCAAGGGGUAUAGCAGGCAUAACUGAGUUAUCACUCUACUGUGCUCAUUUUCCGUGGGCAGGGCAGGGCGUGCUUAUUUGGGUGAUGUUCAGCUAUGUGCUGCCAUCCAUGCCAGUCUGAAAUGGUACAUUCUAGGGCUGCUUUCCCUGCCAGUCUGCUGCACGUGACAACCAAGGGCAAAGAUUCUACUUUCCCAUAAUUUGGCCGUGGUGAUGUAGAAAGUAUUCUGCGAGCUGUCCUCAGGUUGAGUCUAAAGACUUCUUUCCCUGGACGGUGCACGUUUUGUUUCACAGCGCUGAGGUUCCUUGCGCAGCUGAUGGCAGGAAUGCUUAAGGCUCCACAUGAAAUGCCUCCUGUCUAAGAUUCUUUGCGAUCUUAACAUUUUCAGUCUAUCUUUCUUGCAAUUCGCAGUUACACCAGAGCAGCAAUACCAGAUGAAAUCAAGUGCCCAUCAAAAUAAAAUCAAAACGUUUCUGGAUAUUUUCAGAGGAAAAAUUAAAAUACAUGGUAAUCAUUUAAAAUGUACUAAAAACACUAUACAAUCCAAAGGCUGAUAAUCCAGAGUAGAGCAGUUCAUGUACCGGUCAGCCAUGCUUGCAUCAGCACGCCUUAUUGUCACAUUUAUCUUUAUGACGACUUACCUUUAUGAGGGUGGUGGAAAACCUUGCAGUUUGGCCAAUAUCUGCCAAUAAUAGUACUAAUUCCUCCUGAUCUGACCUUCCUGGGAAAUCUAUUGCACUCAGGGCCAAGC